AUGUCUAGCGAUGCCAUUUGCAGCGCUAUCUCUAGCACGUUGGGCUUAAAGGAAAUAGGACCCUUGCCUCUCAAAAAGGAGAAGAUCAGCCUGCCGAACUUCGCCGUUGCGUACCUCACCGCCGCAGAAGACCCGGAGAAGGAUACCGUCACUGUGCUCCUUGAAAAGGAUGCAUCUAGUAUGCAAUGCAUCGUAGCUCGUGACGAGUCAAUGCUGGACCGAAUACAAGAGUUUCUAUCGGCUUGGAAGGCCGUUGGGAUGUCAGGGAUGUCUCUCUCACACAGGCCCUCCGCCGUCAACAGUAGCACUAGCGAUGCCCCUAUGGGCUUCCAGUCCAAUAAUCAAGUUCAAAGCAAGUUGCCACAGGGUAGCGCGGUGAUUGGAAAAUUGCCUGUGAAGAAAACAGCUUUCAGUGGUCCUCUUGAUUUGGAGAAAAACGGAAACUUAAUCGGACUUAAUCACCCUAUGUUUCAUAAAAGUAACGAGCCGAGUCCAGACCCCUGUUUUCCGGAUGGGCUAGGCGACUUUGCUGAUCCACUCCAGGGAGUCAAAAGACCUAAGCACCUUCCACCAAAUGCCAUAUGGGAGCCUGCACGGCCCGACACUCGCGAUCCCGUGGGUCCCAGGAGCGGCUUACCCUAUAUUUAA